GUAUCUUUGGUGUAGUAAGGUGCAAAGAAGAUUAUGGACCAUUCGCAGGGAAGAUCAUUUAGCAUAUUGUUUUGUGCCGUAAACUUGGAUUUAGAGUAUCGACACACAAGGGUUUGUUAAUAUUACGUGUGGAGGGGGUGUCUACGUGCGAUAAAGAACGUCAUCGGCGCGGCUAUACGACUCAGAAGGUGGGAACAUCGGUUGGCACUCACGGAGCAGUCGCACUAACUGUUGCCUUUCGACUGGCAGCGAACGCACUGACCGCAGCCAGAGCAGAAAACGGCGCGCGGGAGCAGGAGCAGAAGAGUCUAGUAACAUACGGUGCAGCGCUUAUAUAGUGUGCAUACUCUCUCGCCAUCGCAACGAAUAGCUUCCCAGUCGACGGUCUCUGUUAGAAGACAAGUCCUCCUCGUCGACGCGGCUCACCCAUUUGACAUUACCUAACGUUACAGUUGCCACUAGUCAUCAACAGUCGUUUCUUUCGUUUACAUUAAAGAAAGGCGAGAAAAGAAAGAAAAGUAGCAAGUAACAAGUGUUUUUUGAUUGUCAGUCAUCAACGUUUUUUUUUUUCGCACUUCUUCCGAAGCCGUGACAGGGAAGCGCUUUGACAAACAAAAGAGCCAAUUACACAAGCUCGAGGAAAAGGGGGGAAAAAAGAAGUUUCCCUAUCUCUAGUAAUCUUGGCACAUCAAACAACAAUCGACACACACGUCUCGCAUAUAAUGCAGUUGUUUGGAUGGACCCUUCAUUCUUGCUGGAUGCUGCUGACAGUCAUCUCUCUCUACUGCUGCGUCGACAUUGGCUCCUCCACAGACAUCAAUGAGGAAGUAAUGGAAGAGCAGCCAUGGAUCUGGAACGACUUCAAGCUGGCGGGAGUAGCUCGCAAGUUCCAUUCGAUCCUGGACAACGGCGUGUCUGAAGAGGACAACGAUAACAUGGCUGCUGUAAAUGAUGACAGGGUAGCGCUACAACAGCCAGCGACGCCAAUCUUUGCAACAGUUUCCAAUUUCAGGGAUAAACAGCAACAGGAGCAACAGCAGCCAAAGCAGCACAGGACUCAACUUACGGCUGCUGAUAGUCCCAACGAAGAUUACGUCUACGAGGUCGAAGAUCGUGCGGAUCAACUAGUGGACGAUGAAUCCGGACAGUACUACGGCAAACUAACUAGCGACAUGAAAAGAUCUAAGUCGUCAUUCAAUCCGUCGUCUGAAAAACAUCGUCAAAAACAGCAACGUAAUUCGAAAGCUCCUCUUUCUUUGCCAUUAUCUUCAACAGAGAGCGACGAGGUGGUUGCGUCACCUUCGUCGGCCAUCAACAGAGAUUCAGCUGAGCCGAGAGUUUUGCCUCUCUUGGGUUUCCACUCAGCCGUCAACAAAAUCAACAGGCAAAAGGAAUCCCUUCUGAAGAAAAUCCUUCGGCAAGCCGCUCGCCGUCAGUCAAUGAAAAGGAGCCCAAAUUGCAUGAGGAAAUGCAUUGCCCAGGGCUUACUACAUCCAGCCCAGUGUCAUUCGCUGUGCUAGCUGCCCACCUACCCGCCUGCAAACCGAGAUGGAACAAAUACAACAACAACAACAAAAAAACGACUUUGAAAAAAUAAAAAUAUACAGACGACUGCGGAAUGAAUACCACGGGAAGACGACACCGGAUAUUGCGGCUGCAGAAAAAUAAUUUAAAAAACUAAAAAAACUAAAAAAAAAAAAAACUAAAAAAAAGCGGGACUUGUGUGCGUCAUGACGCACAUUCUCAACUCCUCCUUCCUCCCCCUUUACCACGUCAUUUUCUUUCUUCAUAUGUUCCCCGUUCCCGUUUAUUGACCCGUUUCUCUUGUCUCUCGUUUCAACAUUGGGCUUACAUAAACUUGAUCAAUAAGAGUUAAUUGCCAUAUCUGUGUCGAUAUACAACAUCCUAUAGCUCUUGUUUCAAAACAUUAAAACCUUACCUUGAGUAAACAAUAACCUCGACCGCCCUCCCGUCUACCCUCUCCUCACCUGUGUAUCGAUGUUUACUACACGCAUUAUAGAUUUUCAAGCAUAUAUAUAUUAUAACGUGCCCCAAUUUCACUCGAUAUUUACAUUACCUGUCAUUUGUAAUGAGAAGAAGACAAAGAAAAGAAAAGAUCUCUCUUCGGCUUACCUUUAUUUGUUCUCUCACCCUGCCCUUGACCCUAUUCUUACCCUUCCUAAACUUUCAAACUGUUUUAUGGAUAAAAAUCUUUUAACCAUUAUAAUCCUAUAUAAUUCGAUCAAAAAAUACAUUAAAUAACGAGAGCAACAGCACAUUGUGGGCACGUUUGGUCCUGUUUUUGAUAUUUCACGUCUCGUCAUUUGUUUCGUCGAUUGUCGUGAUAAUUCACAAUUCUUCACGAUCAAAAUCAAAAUCAUCGGAAGAUUCAGAACUGGAAUCGUCUGCAUCGGGGACGGCAUCUUUUGGACACACUUCGGCAACGGCGACGCAGAGUUUUUCGUGAAGCUGCUUCUCGGACUUGGCAAACAUGGACACAAUUUCGUCUUCGAAUUCUUCCACCAAACUUUGACACUAGAGAUGUUCGAUUCAGAGAAGUUUAACGUUGCGGUAUGUUGGUACUUAAUUUAAGUGAAUCUUACGUAGGAAGAGAGUUGCUCGUUGAUUUCUGGAUUAGGCACGAUAUUAACGUUGCUCAUCUCGGGAUUCAUUCCUUUGCCAUCUGGAGUUUCAAUUCUCAAGAGCGUUGGAAUGCCAGUGGCUUUGUAGCUGGCAACAACGUAAUUUCGGAAACAUGGGACACACUUUGUCCAUAACCUAAAUAGUACGAGUUAAGACGAUCUUUACGUCAUACCUUACUUUUUACAGGGAAUUAUUUAUUUGGUAGAAAAAAAAGUACUGACCUCCGAGAGGAAAAGUUCGCUUCGGGCGUAGGGUACCUGUAACAAAUGAUAGAUGGCUCUUGGUUAUCUCUUCAAUAAAAUAACAUGAACAAGUGCUUUAAAACAGAAAGUUAAUUUGUUCGAAAACAUUUCAUUCCUUGACCCUGAUGAUGAAUAGAAGUUUAUGGAGAAGCAAAAGUACUAUAAAUAAGAAAAGUUUUAUUAGUGUGAGGUCUUUGACUUACCAAGUUCUGUUUGACAUUUCCUUGCCCGUCAAGCCUAAAGCUGCCCAUAUCAACCUUCUUGUGCGGGUCAACCUUGUCAACAGCAAUUUCUACUUCAUCCACCAAUGCCUUGCACACUGUAAGAUAAGGUAAAUAUGUUAACAAGACUACUUAGUAUAGAAAGACAAUUGGUAUAUUGAAUGAAACGUAAAAAGAUAAGUUCUAGGCUAAGAAACAAAGUGAGCAUCAACACAAAUACUGAUGUACACAAAGUUACCCAUGCAUCUCAGUAUCUCUCUUUUCGGAACGUCCGGUACGGCAAAGUUUCCAUUUGUAUAAUCGUUGGGUUCAUUAGCGGACGUUAAGACAACCAUAAAUGUAAAAACAAAACAAGUCACAGAUACCAGAUUCAUUUUCCAAGCCGUAACUAAAAAUACUAAAUAAAAUUGGAAAAAAAGAAAGGACAACAACAACUGUAGAUAACCGUAUGAGAAACUAAUAACGGAAAAAAUACAAA